AUGAACCGGGCCCGCCGCCCGCGCUCAAACUCCCUCGCCGUCCGCGCUGCAACUCUCUCGCCGUCCGCGCUUCUUUCUUUCUUUCUUUUCUUCCUUUUCUUUCUUUCUCCCAGAUCGCUUGAAUCCGCUGCGAUUCGUCAUCUAUCUAUCUAUCUAUCUAUCUAUCUAUUGCAGCCUGUCAGUAUCUACAGACCGCACUGUCCAUAUCUAUCUAUCUAUCUAUCUAUCUAUUGCAGCCUGUCAGUAUCUACAGACUGCACUGUCCAUAUCUAUCUAUCUAUCUAUCUAUCUAUAUAUAUAUAUAUAUAUAUCCGGCGCAUCUAUCUAUCUAUCUAUCUAUCUAUCUAUCUAUCUAUCAAUUGCACUCUGUCAGUAUUUAUAGACCUCACUGUCUAUAUCUAUAUAUUUAUCCAUCUGUCUGUCUGCCACGCUUUUACUCUCUCUCUGUUGUUUUUAAUAUUUCUUUCCUCCCCGUCCAUCACCUACUAUUAUUUCUCUUUGCAAGGUGGUUUUCUUCAGUGGGGGGGGGUUCGAAGGUUCUUUCUUCUUGACCUCACACCAAUUCGUCUCGUGUCCACGAUGACCGCAUCUACUCUAUCCCUGCGCAUCGCCAUACGCGGGCAAGCCGCUCCCUGUUGA